CGCCGUCUCCGCUUGUUCCUCACGUCAACGGUGGUACUCCUCCAGUUCAAACUGUCACCUCUCCUCCCCCUCGUUCGUUCUCACCUUCGGUCAAGAGCCCUCUCUCUCCUCCGCUUGUCAACGGAUCCGCGGACAUUCACACACACGUGCAACAGCUGCAACAAACAGUGGACAAGCUCACGUCUGAGAAUACGUCUCUCGCUGCAUCCCUGGAGCGCUUACGUUCGCUCGAAGCAAGUCAGGCAGCGACGCAGUCGUCGCUGAAUUCCGAGCGAACCCGUGUACAAGAGCUUGAGCGGUCGAUAUCGAUUCUUACUGGAGAACGAGACCACCUCCGCCAGUCAUUAGCGCAGCUCCAGGAGAUCGAGUCCACGAAUCGACGAAUGGAAGUCAAUCUGCAAGAGGAGCAACGCAAAGGUCACGACUUGCAAAAAAUCGUCGAUUCUCUAUCCGCCGAAAAUGCUGAAUUGCAAGGCGCUUCCGCUCGCCUAGCCCAGCUGGAACCCAUGUUGCAGAAAGCCGGCAACCUCCUGCGAGAAGAACAGUCCCGCUCUGCUGGACUCCGUCAACAGGUUUCUGACCUUGAGACUCGCCUGCAGGAUAUCCCCAAGCAGUUACAGACCAUAGCCGCCCUCGAGGCAGAGAAACAAUCGCUUGAAACCGGGCUGACGCAGCAGUUGUUGGCCGCCGAAGCUAGGGCGCAGAGCAUGGAAGAGUCUCUUGCUGAUGAACGUAGCAAGUCACGAGCUUUGCAAGAGCGCCUCUCCGAUUUGGAAACGUCAGUGAGAGAUGCAUCGGCUCUGCAAGAAACAAUCGCAAUUCUCGUUUCUGAGAAGUCUUCUCUAUCGACGCAACUUGAGCGAUUACAGGACACCGAGGCUCGUGCUCAAGAGGUCCAAAACUUGCUCGAUCAGGAGCGACAGAAGUCACAGGCACUGGAAGGUCGCAUUCGCGAAAUGGAGAUUGAGGCCAGCACCUCCUCAGCCGAGAUCACUCGUUUGACAUCCAACGAGAAGGAGCUGUCCGAACGGUGCCGUGAACAGGAACGGGAGCUUCAGAGAACUCAGGCAGCGCUCAGUGGCUUGCAAGCCGCAUCAUCUGAAAGUUCUCGAAGAGUCCGUGAACUAGAGGAUCAGAUCCAAAACGAUGAUACGGCCGAACGACUUGAGGCUUCGUUGAAGAACACACAGGAUCGGGCGGAUGAGCUUGAGUUCCAGCUUUCCAAGCUCAAGCAGGCGCAUGAUGCAUUGAAAGCCGACCGUGAAGCCCUCGAGGCCAAGCUCCGCCAGCACAGUAUCACCGCCGAAGAUUGGAUCAAGAAGCAUGACAGUCUCGAAGAGAGAAACGCAACUAUCCAAAAGCAGCUCGAUGACAUCACCUUCGAACGCGAUGCUCUCCUGCAAGACAAGGCAGCCCUACAAACCGAGGUAGAUGCGGGUCACAAAUCAGCCGAGGACGUGCAGAAGCUGCUUGCUCAAGCCACCUCGGACCUUUCCGCCAGUGCUCGGCAGCUUCAGACCGCACAGGCCGAGCUGCGUGCCGCUCUUCGCCGCGCGGAAGAGGCAGAGCGCAUUCAGAAAGAUCUGCAGGCUGAAGGAACGCAGCUGCUCCGUUCUCUCGACGAGAUGCGGCCGAAGGUGGUCGAGCUUUCCAACGAGAAGGCAGAGCUGAUGGAGAAAGCGGACGGGCUCGAUGCCGCGUUGAAAAGCCGCGAUGCGGUCAUCGCCCAGCUGGAGGCGAGCCUUACGGAGGCGCAGCAGCAGCGGGACGAAACCGAAAAGCGAAGGCGCAGCAUUGUGGCUACACAUGAGAAGGAGCACGCAUCCUCGCUUCAGGCUAUGUCCGAGCUGCAAAAGGCGUAUACGGAGUUGCAGACCGAUGCUGAACAGGCUUACAGUAUGGUGCGCGAUUUCGAGGCACAGCGGCGGAACGACCAGCAGUCGAUGGCGCGGCACGUAGAGGAUGUUGAUCGGCUCACCAGGACCGUCGCCGAGCUCGAAAAGCAAUUGGCCGCCCUACAGAUAGAUCUGGCAGAACGCGGAAGGGCGAGCGAGGAGCAACAAGAUUUCUUAGGAAGGACACAGACCGAGAUCGAAUUCCUGAGAGGAGAGAUUGCAGCUAGGGAUGACGAAAUUGAGAAAUUGCGGCAGCAGCAGAACAGCGAUGCGUCUCCAACAACUCGCAAAUCCUGGAAUGAGGAGAUGUUGAGCGCCACAAGACAGCAGCUGGAUCUGGAGCUUUCUGCCUCACAAUCGAGGAUUCGGGAGUUGGAGAGUGCAGUCUUCGAAGCUGAGGACAGGGCUCACGGACUGCAGAAGCAGGUCAAUUCUCUCCAAGACCAGCUUGCGCACUCCAUAUUGGUUCAUGCCCGCUCUGCAUCUCAAGAGGGACGCCGCCCAUUUUCUCCGACCUUCGCUGCCACGGGUCCUUCGCGACCGUCCAGCCGGUUGAACCAUACAGAAUCUCGCCGGCCGUCCCUAAACAUGGCUCGUAGGUCGAGCGGAACGCUGGCACCGCCUCCGCGUUCGGCCCUGGAUUAUAACAUGUCUCCAGAGACCCGACACAAGCGACAGGUCAGCCUGAACAUGCUCAAGGCACGCAUGGACAGUGAAGCGGCUGCCGCGAGCCGCCCGGGCCCACGCGCCAUGCCCCCCAUACCUGCUGGCAAAUCUGGCCACGCUCUCAGUUCAGUGACGGAGGCAGAUCCCGAGCAGCAGCAUUCCUUUCGUAAACCACAGUUCACCAAUGAAUCAUUCUUCUGGUGUUCUUCAUGCAGCGGAGAUUUGCUGAUCCUCUAAUACCGUGUAUCUAUCGCCUUGGUAUGAUCUUUGAUUUCGUAUGUAUUCCCACCGACGGUUUGACAUUUGACCGGCUGAUGAUCUCUGCCAAUGUACUGCACC